AGGUAGCGGGAGAAAAACUGGUCAUUGACAACGAACUACGAAGACGUGACUGCGGUUUGCGAAGUGUGUGCAUUUCAGUUAGUGUAGUUCGGCCGUAGCGCGAUGUACAUCGAUGUACUGUUUUAGUGAUUGUGCGAACAAAAUCAGAAAACAUGAGUUUAAGAAAAGUGUCCCGGCGUUUGAGCUUAGACGAAUGUACUCGCGAGUAUUUGGAAAUGGGAAUGGACUUAACGAACAAACGAAAAAGAUAUUUUAGUUUUCACGAGAACUCAAAAUACCGGAACCGAGAUAGGCCGAUAUCUUUUGAACUGCCGGAUAUGGAUUUAGUGGAAGUCGACGAACGUACCGAGACAACUGUAGACGGGUCCAAAAGCACCAAUCAAUUGAGCGUUAAUAAUUACAAGGAAAUGGUGAAACAAUGUCUGUUGGACUCAGCAAAAGGAUUCACUAAUGGUUUUCAAUUUCUUCACGAUAUUGAAUCUGGUAUGGCAAAUUUAGAUACACUAAAUCGGUGUCCGCAGCAACUGAAAAAUUUAAUUGUUCUGUGGGCGUGUUUUGUUGAUAAGUGUAAUGUCGUGGAAAUCUUAGUUAAAGCCGGCGCAAACGUUAAUUACUUACUGCCCUAUAGAGGCUAUGGCGCUGUACACAUAAGCGCUUUGAACGGUUGUGUUAAUUGUUUGAGGUGGUUGUUAAAUAAUGGAUGUGAACCGAAUAGCCGCGUUGACGAUAUGACAGCGCUACACUUCGCCACCUUCACAGAUUCCGUUGAUGCGGUCCAUACACUUAUCGAACACGGCUGUAAACUCGAAUCCACUGUCCUCCAUAGCGCUGUAAAAUCCAGAGCUGUAGGGUGCAUUCAACUUUUAUUAUUCAAAUACAACGUGGACGUUAAUACGCUGGACUCUAUGGGUUUAGCGCCUAUUCAUAUUUGCGCUGACCAAGGUUUUUCAGACUGUAUGUACAUGCUGUUGAGUUCUGAUAAAAUGUUAAUCGACCAAAAAGACUAUCACGAAUGUACGGCGUUGCAUUUGGCUUGCGAAUCUGCACACGUAGAGUGCGUAAAAUUGUUGAUCGAACACCAGGCUAAUAUACAUGCUAAAAAUAUGAAAUUUCAAGUACCUAUACACAUGGCCGCAAAAGCUCCGAGUGUGGAAUGCAUCGAUUUUCUGAUAAAAGCGGGGGCUGACGUCAACGCCAGAGACAUAGAUGACCGAACACCACUGCACUCGGCCAUAUCUGUCAAGACGCUAAAUGUUUGUCAUGCAGUAGACACGUUGCUAAAUCACCAGGCAAAAAUCAACGUACAAGAUCAUUUUGGUUUUACACCUCUACACAUAGCGGCGAUCAACGAGGUGCCGGAGUGUGUAGAGUCAUUGUUGGCCAAGGGUGGAAACGUAGGUAUUCAAACGUACGGUGGUAUAUCGGCACUAAACAUGAUUGUAAGAAAAGUGCCUUCGUGCGUGCCAGCCGUAGCCAAACAGUUAGACAGUGCCGUUACAUCUAACUGGGCAGAUGGGUUUAAGCGUGGUCCGGAGAUACAACUUCGAUUCAAGUAUUUGUUGAACUGUAAUACUUUUGGUGAAAUUGAUUUACUAAAAUGUUUUCAAGAAGAAGGCCAAUAUGAACUAUUACAGCAUCCACUGUGUCAAGCUUUUUUAUUUCUAAAAUGGAGAAAGAUACGAAAGUAUUAUUUAAUGCGACUGGCAAGUUUAGGAUUUUUCAUUCUUCUGUAUACGCUCUAUGUAACGACCGUACUGAGUCACGAUUGCUACAACGCGAUCCAUUUGCCAAAUCAAACUAAUUCGACGUGUUUCCAGAAUAACUACACCCUCGGUGAAUUUUUAGUAGAAAACUAUCAAGUAAUGGAUGUAAUUAUUUAUGUACUGUAUUUGAUCAGCAUCAUAGAAGGAUUCUUGAAAAUAUCAGAAAUGGCUGGGUAUAUGUAUGUUCAUCAAUAUGUCCUUAGUUUAAGUAACAUGAGCGAAUGGUUAGUAUUAAUAAGCGUGCCGUUAAUAUCGUUUCAUAUUAGUGGAUACACAUCUUACUGGCAGAAUCAUAUUGGAGCUUUUUGCGUACUCUGUGCUUGGACAAAUUUAAUGAUAAAAAUAGGCCAACUCCCUUGGUUUGACACUUAUGUCGCCAUGUACACAAAAGUUCAAAAAGAAUUUGCAAAACUCCUCUUGGCAUAUAUAUGUCUAUUAAUAGGUUUUUCUGUUAGCCUUUGUGUCGUGUUCCCUUCUUCUAAAUGGUUCAACAAUCCCAUUAUUGGUUUUGUAAAAGUACUAGUAAUGAUGGCGGGAGAAUUGGAUAUUUCAAUGUUAGAAGUACACGAUGAAUCGCCGAUUAUAUCUAAAUUUAGCGCUUAUAUUGUAUACGUGGCCCUAUUAAUAUUUGUGUCAAUUAUACUUAUGAAUCUACUUGUCGGAAUUGCUGUACAUGAUAUACAAGGCUUAAAAAAGACUGCCGGUUUGUCUAAAGUUCGAUGUCAGAUUAAACUUAUAUAUUAUAUCGAACUAUUCAUGUUGCGAAGUUUUUGGCCAAAAAACGUCAAACGUAGGGCUCUGGUUUAUCCUUCUAAACAUCGAGCUCAUAUGACAGUUAAACCUUUAAAUCAACAACAAACAUUGCCUAGAGAUAUUAUAGACGCUGCUAGAUUUUUAAUUAAAAGAAAAAAACAAGAUAGCUGUGAUGACAAAGACGUUUUAAAAAUACAAGAAAUAUUAAAAGAAGUAAGAGAUUUAAGAGCAGUUGUAGAGGAAAAUCAAAAAGUUAUUAAACAUUUGUUGAUUAAUGCAAAUAAAAUAUAAUAUAAUUAAUAAACAUUUGUACAAUUGUGUAUAGAAUAACAAAUAAAUAAUAAUAGUAAAUAUUUAGGUAAUUAAUUCAUGGGGAGAAGAAAAAAUAUUUUUUAAUCUGACUAUAUUUUCAUACAUAUUAUAAUAUUUCGUUUUAUGGCCACAUUCAAUAAUUUUAUAUAAUUAUACAUAUAAAUUAAUACAAACCAUCUAAACUUUGUGCAAAAAUAACUAGGAAGGUACGAGGUACCUAGGUAAAAUAGAUGUGAUUAUUAACUAUUAAGACAUUAAUUGUGUGAUUUAAAGUAUUUAUAUAAUUUGUAUUUACCUACAGAUAGGUACUGUUGUAUAUAUAGCAACAAUUAUAUAAUAUUAUAUUGAAAAUAUUGUACACAAUACAUAUAAGUUUUUCUUUAAAUACAUUUGUAAACAACUUUGUUAGAUAUUUUAUAUUUUGAGAAACAAAUUUUAGUGAUAUUUUUGUAUUUUUUUGUUCCUAUAUUGUAUUUUAAAUUUUUUGUGUUAUGUACCUAUUGCUCAAAAUGUAUGUUAUGUGAAAUAUAUAAAACUAUAAAAUA